AUGGAGAGUCUGGAGAGAGCAGAAGUCUGGGUCCACUCCCCGAGUUGCUGUGUCUCGAGCUUCCUGAAUCACAGCGGCUUGGAAGGGGCAGGAGGUGAUGCCCGGGCCGCCCUGGGGAACCGCAGCUACGGGCUGGGCACGUGGCUAGACUGCUGCCCCGGGGGCGCACCGUUGACCGCCAGCGAUGGGGUCCCCGCGGGGCUGGCGCCCGACGAACACAGCCUGUGGGUGUCGCACGUGGCUCAGAUCGCAGUACUCUGUGUGCUGUUGCUCACCGUGGUCUUCGGUGUUUUCUUCCUGGGCUGCAACCUGCUCAUCAAGUCCGAGAACAUGAUCAACUUUCUGAUGCAGGAGCGCAGGCCAUCCAAAGGAUUUGUGAUGCCAUCGUUGAUAAGGAAUGCCUUUGCCUGUCAGGGUUCCCACAAAACGUAA